AUGCCCUCCCUAGCGAAUAUACCCACAUCUUGGAAAACAUGGUGGGGCCGAUUAAACAAACUUGCGAACUCAUCCGAGGUCAACACAAACAAGUUGAAGGACUUCAUUGCCAAACCCCCUCGCGAGCCGGAAAUGUUCACUGUCUCGGCCUCAGACAUGACACCGACCGAUGUAAACGACUUUUUUGGUUUGAGUGAGGUGCAGGGAUAUGAAACUUGGCAGUUUUCACGGGAGUUCGUUCAACUUGGAUCGGGUUUUGAAAGUUGGAUUAAUACAUUUGAGGAUUUCACUAGAUCCUCCAAGCCAACUGAAGCCCGCUCGCGGUGCAAAAUAGAUGUACUACUCCACGCUGUCUAUGAAGAUCUGCAAUACCGUGGUUUUUUGGAAGAGGACCGGAAGGCCACUCUGCAAUUUGAAACAUCGCUCGAAUGGGGGCCGGUCAAAUAUCUCAGCAAGCCCUACAAGUGCGUCGGCAAAGCCGACUACAGUCUAUUCCUAGGAAACCAUAAUCAUAUGGCGUGCCACUUGGUUAUUUUGGAGGCGAAACAAGAUCGCAAUGCUGCAAGUGGUCAAGGCCAACUAUUGGCGUAUAUGGCAAUGGUACAGGCCAGUCGAAAGGCUCGAGGCCAGUCAGAUAGCACUGUGUGGGGUGCCCUAAGCGAUGGGCAUUGGUUUUACUUCUUCCGGCUCAAUAACACAGCCAAAUGGUCUGUAGUGGCCUAUCAAGUCAGCCGCGAUGGCUGGGGUGCCAUCGCUAAUAUGAUAGCGUUCAUGAUACUCCAAGGCUAUCAGACUGCGCUGUCUCCUCUCCGAUCAAGUGGGUCUAGUAACCCCUCUGCAAGGGCUUCCAUAGUAUCCGCAAAGGCCCCUAGACUUCCCUCACUACAUAUUAAGGAAGUCAUUGAAGAAAGUGUUGAUUGA